AUACUAAAUAUUAUAUUAGUAGAUAUGUGCGUGUGAAAAAACGUACGGUAGUAUUCGUAGAAAAAAGCUAAGUGAAUAAGAAAAUCAAAGAUAUUUGAUGGUGGUGUUUCGGGUUCGACCAACAUCACGCGAAUUUUAUUAUAGUUAACUGCGAAACUGAAAACGGGAAAGUAACGCAAUAAAGUCAAUUCUCUCAAAAUAUAUAGAGUUAAAAUAUGAAAAAUUGUAAGAAGUUGAAUUGAAAAAAGCACAAGCAGAAGGAGAAGAAGAAAAAAGUGCGAAAUUUGAGUGUGCAUUUGUGUGUGUGUGCGUGUAGUAUUUGUGCUUUAAAUAUAUGUAUGUAUGUGGACGAGUAUCUAUGCGCGUGUAAGUGUAUGCGGAAAGUGAAUAGAAGAAGAAUUGUGAAAAACAGGUUUCUUAGUAGUGGCAGCGGUUGUAAGUAGAAGCAGCUAGGCAACAUCAACCAAAUCAACGAAUUGAGAAUACGAAAAGUGGAACCAACAACAACAAAACCAAAUAAAACAAUAAAAACCUAGUAGAAUUCGCUGCAGCAGCUGAGAAAAGAAAUAGCAAUCGUAAUAAUAAAAAAUUUGAGAUACGCGUAGCGGUGUAAUAAUUUUUGAAUGAAGAGUGUAUCAAUUCAACACAUGCCACACAUACAUAUACAUACAUAUGUGUAUAUACAUAUUGUAUGAAUACUCUAUGAUAUUUCUCCUGUGAUAUUUAAUCAAAAUUUUUGUUUCCUAAAAGAAUUGAAAAUUGCAAAUAUUUAAACGCGUACAACAACUACUACAUUGUCGCUCAUAAAAAAGUGUUGCUUAAUAUUUUUGGUUUUAAUUCUGACAUGUGUUUGGCGUGUUCGAAACGGGAAUGUUACCAAAUACACUCCUUGUAAUCUACUGCCAACAACCGACGCAAGAACAACGUCCAGCCGAUAACAGUAUCAUCAUCAGAAGCACCAAUUACAGCAACAGCUACAUUAACAGCAUCAGCAUCAGCAACAGCAACAGCAACGACAUUGGCAAUUGCCAGCACCACAACGUGAACGACAUCAACAACGUGAACGACCACGCCUCAAUCAAAUAUGAAAAUUGUGCUGGUCAAGUGUGUCGUGUUUGUGGUUGCAUUUUGAGUGUGUUAACGUCGUUAGCAAGUCUGCAACAAGCGUCAUUCACGCAUCCCGUUAACGUUUCAGUAGUCCAGCAAUCGCAACGAAUAGAACAACAAAAGCGACAGCUAAAGAAACAAAUACAAAAAUAUAUACAGAAACAACAAGUCUGUAGAACUCUUACGAAACAAGCAACGCAAGCAAAAACGUUCCCGUUGUGGUCGCACUUCCGCCAGUUGCACGUACACAUAGUUCAAGCAUUGAGGGCUAUUGAACUGUAUGCGAAGCAGAAGUAUUGGAAACGGAAAUUUGAAAACAUAAUUCGAAAAUAUGAAUUUAAUUAUUGUCGCCAUUGUGCUACUAAUGGCCCACAAGGAAUACAUGGCAAGUCCAACACCAUUAAAAUUACCAGGACACACACAAAAGCUCUCACCAUACAUACGCCAUUGGGAGACAGCGGAUUUCGAUCGUUCAUAUUUGCACUCGGCACAUCAAAAGCACAUCGAACAGAAACGUCAUCGGCGAAAAAGACAACUGAAUUCGGACGAAUUCGGACCAGUGCACACAAUCAGACUGAAUUUCUUUGCUCAUGACAGAGAAUUCCGCAUGGUUCUACAUCAGAAUCCACUGUCAGUAUUUUCUAGUGACGUAGAAAUCGAAAGUACGCAUGGUCCGGUGGAUUAUGAUAUUUCAAGAAUAUACACCGGCUCGUUGGAAGGUGAUGCGAAUUCCCAUGUGCACGCCAUUCUAACCAGCGAUAACCUACUCGAUGGCACCAUUGAAACAGUCGGUGAGCACUAUUAUGUGGAACCAGCGAAUCGCUAUUCCCGCGAACUGCCCGCAGCGGGUGUGCACAGUGUCAUUUACAAAGUCAGCGAUGUGCAAAUGCGCAAGUCUGCAGCGGCGGAACACUGCGCAAGCGAACGACUGCGCCGUGAUAUGCUGCUGAACGAUCUGAAGCGACGGAAAGCGGCCACGGUCGAAGCGGAAGCACCAAAAUCAAUAGAGCGUCACAAGCGCUGGCUGCCGGAUGAGUUGGCCACUUCCACUGAUGACCAUCAAAAUCCGCCACUGCCAUUGGACUUGGAUGUGCCGUAUAAUGAUGACUUCAGUAUAUUCUCGGGUGGAGGUACACGUAGUCGAAAUAGUGAAAGAGAUCGAGAGAGGAAACCCAAUCGGGAUGAGGAAGAGAUCACUACAAUGAAAAUGGUGACGAGCAAUAAUAACAAUAACUACGAUUACAAUUACAACAGGGAACAGCAGCGACAUAAAUUUCAGCAAUCGACGACAACAACAACGUGGCGUAAUGCAGCUGCAGUCGAAAAAGAUACAACCGACAGAUAUGGGGGUUUGCUUCGAAAUGCGAACAAUGCAAACAACGCAAACAACAACAACAGCAACAGUAACAGUAACUCGUAUGUUCCGUCCCUCAUUGUAGCGAAUUCGUCCACCACUGGCGGCGUACAAAAUCGAAAUAUCAUUGUGAAUAGUUAUAAUCCGAGCAACAGUAAUACUAAUUACAACAAUAAUAAUAACAAUAACAAUGGCUUACGUAAAACCUAUGCAAAGCACAAGAAUAUCAUUGUUAGCACUUACAAUAAUAAAAACGUCAAUAAUAAUAAUAACAAUAACAACAACAAUAGCAACAAUCGUUCAUAUCCCUACGAUUUUGUCAUAAACAGUGGCAGCAAUAACAAUAAUGGCGCCAAUUACAACGACAACAACAAUCGUUUCGAUACUAACAACUUCUUCCAUGCCAAUUGGUCAACAAUGUUCACCAACAACAACGAUCGCCCUAGCCAUAAGACGCACGUCGAAAUUAUAACGAAAAAUGGCGCCACCAAAAAACCCAACAUUAUUGUGAACAAUUAUAAUCCAGACAUUAUGUUAGUGCCAAAUCCACAAAAUCCACACUUCAACAGCAUGUUGAUGACAAAUUUAUUGAGUGGGCGCGGUCGCGAUUCUGCGUACGAGACAAACUCAAUAGAUAGUGGGCGUUCGCUGUACGAUCGUAAAAUCACUUGUAUGCUUUAUUUACAAGCCGAUCACACAUUCUUUCAGAAGAUGGGUUCCGACGAGGCCAGCAUUGAAGCGAUCACGCGACAUGUGCAGCGUGCCAACUCCAUUUAUAAAAACACAGAUUUCAACAAUGAUGGCAAGCCUGAUAACAUAACAUUUAUGAUUAAGCGUAUCAAGGUACACAAUAUGAAUGCGGUCAGGGAUCCCAGUUAUCGAUUUCCGGGCAAUUAUGGCGUGGAAAAGUUUCUAGAACUAUUUUCAGAGGAAGAUUACGAUGCAUUUUGUCUGGCAUAUAUGUUUACAUAUCGAGACUUCGAAAUGGGAACCUUGGGUUUGGCUUGGACUGGUGACCUGAAAAAUGCCGGUGGAGUUUGUGAGAAAAAUGGACACUAUCGCGGUUCUUUGAAGUCACUGAAUACCGGCAUUGUGACGCUAUUGAAUUAUGGUAAACAUGUUCCUCCAGCUGUAUCGCAUGUGACGUUAGCACAUGAAAUUGGACAUAACUUUGGAUCACCGCACGAUCCGGAGCAAUGUACACCCGGUGGUGAGGAUGGUAAUUUCAUUAUGUUUGCGCGCGCCACAUCGGGUGAUAAAAAGAACAACAACAAAUUCUCCCCAUGCUCACUUAAAUCAAUAGAGCCAGUGCUAAAUGCAAAAGCACGUAGCGCCAAAGGCUGUUUCACCGAGCCGCAGGUAUCCAUUUGUGGCAAUGGUGUUGUCGAGCCGGGCGAACAGUGCGAUUGCGGUUGGGAGGAAGAUUGCAAGGAUAAAUGCUGCUUCCCGAUGUCGCGCCAUCCGCGCAUUGACGAAAAGCCAUGCACACUAACCCCACGCGCCAUGUGCAGUCCAUCACAAGGGCCAUGCUGUACGGGUGAUUGCAAAUUGAAAUUCGGCGAUAAGUGUCGCGAUGACAACGGCUGUCGAGAUCCAAGCUUCUGUGAUGGCCGUACACCGCAGUGUCCACCGUCGGUGAAUAAGCCAAACAAGACCAUUUGCAACAAGGAAUUCGUUUGUUAUAUGGGCGAAUGCACGGGCAGUAUUUGUUUGGCCUAUGGCCUGGAGUCGUGCCAGUGUAUACCGGGUCCAACUGAUGACAAAAUCAAAUCGUGCGAAUUAUGUUGCAAGCUGCCUGGUGAAGGAAAUGCCUGUCGCAGUUCGUUUGAAUGGAAUGAGCCACCAUUCGAUGUGCCGGACAUGUACGCGAAACCGGGUACACCAUGCAAUGAUUACAAUGGAUAUUGUGACGUAUUCCAGAAAUGUCGCGAAGUCGAUCCGUCAGGACCUUUGGCCACCCUACGUAAACUAUUGUUGUCAGAGGAGAGUAUAGCAACAUUCAAGAAAUGGGUACAGCACAAUUGGUAUACUGUCGUCUUAGCGGCAUUGGGCGUAUUUGUAUUAUUGAUACUCAGCACGAAGCUGCUGGCGAAGCGCUCGAAUCUGAAACUAAAAUCGGUGACCAUCAUACACAGCGCCACCACAGAAACCGUGCGUCUACCCGACGACAACAACGGCGUUAUCGUGCAUACGGCCGUCCGUACAAAAGUUCCGUUCAAGAAAAAAGUGCGUGGCGAGCGCAGCAACAAAAGCAAGAGCGCCCACAGGAGCGGCAGUAGUGGAAACAUAGGCGCUGGCAAAACGAAAAGCGGUGGUGGAAAGCUACCCACCAAACCGGGAGAGUUGGCUGCGAAAUCAACGCACGCGCAAAACCGCAAUGGAAAGCUGAGCAGCGUCCCAGCAGCAGCUGCGGUGGCAUCGGCAGCAGGUGGUGAAGUAUCCAAACCACCACGUACCAAGAAAAAUCGCGUUGGUAGUGGUGGUGGUGGCCCCACUACCACAAAUAAUACAACCGUGCCUCCAGCGCUAAACACGUCCGUGGCUGUCACUGGCAGUAGCACAAAAAUGGAAAACGAAGCGAAGUCAAAGAUCAAACGCUUCAAGAAGCAUAACAAAGAAAUCAUUGACUAUUCAUCACGCGGUGGACAGGAUGCGGCGAGUGUCAGUGGUAAUGCGCAUACCAAUACAUUUGGUAAAGUGCAAAAGUGGCUGCUCGAGUCGCCAAUUGUUGUACAACCGUUAUCGCAUAUAGAGCACUCUUCGAAAAUACGUAAAGUGAUGAGUAAAUCGCAGUCCACACCCGAACGACUGGUACAGAAGUCGCCGCAAAAGUCUAAGUCGGUAACGAAUCUUGUCAAUGACAAAGUCAAACUGCAAGUAGUCUAUAAGCCGCCUUUCAAAUUUGCGUUGCGACUUUCCAAGAAUUCCAAAGUUAAAACGCAUGUAAUUGGCGGCGCAGUGAAUAAACUUAAGAGACAACCGCGCACGGGCGCAGGCGCGAAUGGCGUUGAUAGCAAACGCAAGAGCAGCAAUCAAAAUAGCGAAGGUAGUAAAAACUCUGGGAGCGGCGGUGUAGAAGAGGUCAAAUGUAAUCGGAUCGCGCUACUACUCCGCAACAAUAACGAAGACAAUCAAAUAUUAACCUUAAAUGAACCGACCUAUGAAACGCUGAAUCCAAAAACCAUGCUCUCCAAAAUGGAGAAUCCCUUCUAUGAGAAUUUACAAUGCAGCACAAAAACUGGCGAAAUGCGCAUAACCAAUGACUCUAUAGCAACGGGCAACGGUGUUUUGGCUGCAGCAAGCGCAAUUGGUUCAAAUAAAACUAGUUCGAGUGGUAGUAGUAGUAAAAUGGUCUCUGAAACACAUGCAGCUGCAGCUAUUGGAAGUGCGUUACAAAAACAACGACCACACAAUUACAACCGAUCCAAUUCAUUUUCAACAAACAAUCCAUUUGCGCCCAAUCAUAUCACUCCCAGCGAGCGUAAACUGAGCGAAAGUAAUAGCGCGCAACAACAAGCGCCACCUGAUGCUAAUUUGGGACGCAAUUUUGGCAGUACACAAAAUCUCGGUCAGGCGGCACAUCAUCAAAGUCACUUAGCCAAAUCGAAGAAGCGCAGCAGUUUGAAUCUGAAGUUAAAUAGCGCCUCAAAGAACAGUAAAGAUCCACCUGUAACGGCGCGACGCAGCAAUUCGAAUAUGAAUUUACGCAGCAAUACUUCAGCCAGCACAUAUCAGCCAAGUACCUUUCCGAAUGACGCACAAAAUUUCAUAGCAACCACAACCACUAACACAGCCACUUCCACAUAUGCCAGCAGCAAUGGUGUCAACGCGACAGUUACGACUGUUGCGAACGCAUCCAAAGACCGCCAGUUGCGUCGUAGCUCCAGCAGCACCGCCAACCAUCAUCAGCAACCAAAAUCUACGAGCCAAGUGUUGAGUAAUGCAGCAAAUGCCAACCACCCGCUGCCGACAACCGCUUUUGCGGCGGCUCUGCCUACCGCACGCACCAGCUUCAGCAAUAUACCACGCGCCAGUCUAUGUGCUGCGGCGAACAACAACGGCAACAACGGCACCAACGCCAAUGCCGGCACUAACGCUGGCAGUUUUAGUUUUAGUAGAGUAACAGAUGUGGACCAACUAGUCGCCGGCAGUCAAUCGAGUCAUAGCAGUCAAGGUAGUCAUACAAGCCACCCCAGCCACAGUAGCCAACAUGCACCAGCACGCCAUGAGCACCGACGUAGUCGUAGCAGCACACAUUCCACUACAGCACCGUCACUAGCCGCCACUGCCAAUUCAAAUGCCACCGCCCCUCCAGAACAACAGAGACGUUCCAACUCCAUAAGACAGCUGCAACAUAACUAUCAUCCACCGCCGUUGCCGACAAUUGCGACGCCCAACAACGGUGGUCAGGGGCGUAUUGAGGGCGAGCAUGAGCUGCCAUCUGACUUGGAGGUACUAUUGUCUGACGUGGAAAAUUUAGUUAGUUAAGGGUUAAAGUUGUAAGGGUAAGGGAAGCAGAGAAUUAUUACAGAAAAAAAUUAAUUAGUAUGUACUUCAAAAUGGAUUAGGAUCUAUUCUGUGUAAGUUUGAAAAGCACAUUUGUGCAAUACUUGCAGUUUACUUUAUUUCCUUUCGCUGAUUUUAAGCUAUAGCUAUUUAAUACACAGCACUGAUAAGAGUUUUUAUACUUUACAUGCAUAAUUUCUUCAAGGGGUCAUGCGACGCCUAUUAAUUGGUAAGUUAUAAGCUGAGACUCAUUCCAUUUUAAAAACUAUUCUACAAUAUGUCCACUGGUUGUCCACCGGA